AUGGAUGUGUGUGGCUGGAAAGAAAUGGAGGUUGCUCUGGUCAACUUUGAUAACUCAGAUGAAAUCCAGGAAGAGCCAGGUUAUACUGCAGACUUCGACCCAACCAGCCCAAAAGGCCGGCCUGGAAGCAGCCCCUUUUCCCACUGGAGGGUCCCCAUCAAUGACAGCACCAACCAUGAGACUGCCUUCUCCAAGCUGGCAGGGGACUGUCUUGAUUCCCCAGGACCUGAGCCAGUGGUCCUGAAGGAAGGCCACCAGAGAGUGACCAUCAACAUUGCUGGACUGAGGUUUGAAACCCAGCUCAGAACCCUCAAGCAGUUCCCAGAGACCCUGCUGGGAGACCGGGAGAAAAGGAUGCAGUUCUUUGACUCCAUGAGAAACGAGUAUUUCUUUGACCGGAACCGGCCCAGUUUUGAUGGAAUCCUGUAUUAUUACCAAUCUGGUGGGAAAAUCCGGCGGCCUGCCAAUGUCCCUAUCGAUGUCUUUGCUGAUGAGAUAGCCUUCUAUGAGCUGGGUAGCGAGGCCAUGGACCAGUUCCGGGAGGAUGAAGGUUUCAUCAAAGACCCUGAAACGCUGCUCCCCACCAAUGACUUCCACAGGCAAUUCUGGCUCCUCUUCGAAUACCCUGAGAGCUCCAACGCUGCCCGUGGUGUGGCCAUGGUGUCCGUGUUGGUCGUGAUUAUUUCCAUCACCAUCUUUUGUCUGGAGACACUACCAGAAUUCCGGGAGGACAUGGAGCUGAAGGUUAUCAGAGACCCCAGCCUCAACACAAGCAAAACAGCCCUCUCCCAGACCAUGUUCACGGACCCUUUCUUCGUGGUGGAGUCCACCUGCAUUGUAUGGUUCACCUUCGAGCUAGCGCUCAAACUCCGCCACUCCAAGGGCUGCAGAUUCUGGCAGACGCUGAAGGCUUCCAUGCGGGAAUUGGGGCUGCUCAUCUUCUUCCUCUUCAUUGGCGUCAUCCUCUUCUCCAGCGCCGUCUACUUUGCAGAGGUGGACGAGCCGGAAUCCCAUUUCUCUAGCAUUCCUGAUGGCUUCUGGUGGGCAGUGGUCACCAUGACAACUGUUGGCUAUGGUGACAUGUGCCCAACCACCCCAGGAGGGAAAAUUGUGGGCACUCUGUGUGCCAUUGCAGGUGUCCUCACCAUUGCCCUCCCUGUGCCCGUCAUUGUCUCCAACUUCAACUACUUCUAUCACCGGGAGACUGAGAAUGAGGAAAAGCAAAACAUCCCAGGAGAAAUUGAUAAAAUCCUCAACAGUGUGGGCUCAAGAAUGGGCAGCAUCAAUUCUCUUAAUAAGAGCAAUGGCGGCUGUUCCACGGAGAAGUCCAGGAAGUGA